CAAAGUAUGAACCCCAAAAUCCAAACAUGAACCACAAAGAAGUGCUCAGCACAGGCAGAAUACUACUGCUUCUCCCACAGUUACAUCACCUGCCUCCGAUGCUGUCGGAGCAGACAUUAUGACUGAGAAUAUGACAGGAUCUGUGACUCUGAUGAGCUAAAUGAGACUAUGAAGUUCCUUACAGAUUUCGAGCAAGGUCUUCAGCAGCUAGCUCAUAAGUAUGAUAUGCUCCAAACAAUCAAUGGGCUUGAACAAGCUCUUGCUGAUAUUGCAUCAGCUGUUCAAGAAUUCCAAGCAGAAGUUUCUGAAUGAUUGACGUUUGGUAAUAUAAGAGAACUCUCAAUGCUGGUGUCAAGAGGAAAGCAAAUUCUUCCAGAUAUUUUUAAAGGAUCAUUAUUCACCUCUCAAAAUGAGUAUAAUCCGAUUCUGAAGCUUCUGUUUGAUAGCCAAGUGCUUGACACUCUGGGAGGAAAUUUGCUCCCAUUUGUAAUCAAAGAUGCAGAUUUGAUAAAUCGUAAAACAGUAAAAAUCGUUAGAAAUCUAAGGUUGAGGACCAAAAAUUAUUACGAACAAACCAGAAGGAAAGAGAUCAGAGAAGUCAGAAAAGAAGCGACUAAAAAGGCCUGGGAUGAGGCAACAGUAAAAACUGAAAAGAAAAUGAACCGAAGGUUUCAGUUAAAAAUAGAAUCUCUUGAACGACAGAUUCUCGAAUUGAAGAAGGAUAAGGAGCAAGCUGAGAGUCUUGUUUCAGAUCUGAUAAUCCAGCUUGACCAUAAAUAAUGAAGUAGGAGGUCAAUCCAGAGACUUUGACCAAGAAUUUCCGAAUAGAAUAGAGAUGCCGCAAGUGUUAACACCAAUAAAAGAUCCUGAAAACUGCGUUAAAUACCGAGGAUCCCUGGUUCAACCAGAUGAUGGGGUUUUCUGCCUUAAUUUAACAGAGGAAAAGGAACCUAAAGCUGUACACUAUGCAAGUAGGACCUCGAGUGCAAGAUCCAUUGCAGAUUCGACCUUCAAGGUCGUAUUUAUUGGUGAUACAGUCGGAAAGACACAACUGGCUACUAGGAUGAAGACUGGAACUUUCAAGAAUAAUUUAUCAUACCUUGUUGGACUAGAUAUGUUUAAAGUUACCAGAGAUUUUCAAGAUAGGAAAGUCACCAUUAUGGUGUAUGAUGCUCCAGCACAAGAGAGGUUCAGAGCUGUAACUCUUAACUACAUCAAACAGUGCCAGUAUACCUUCCUGAUGUACGACAUUACAGACCUAAACUCUCUUAAAACGUGCCGGUACUGGGCAGGUUCACUUAAAAGCCCUGCUGAAACAACCUAUCUGGUCGGCACUAAGGCAGAUUUGGCCUCCAAAACAGCUAUCACUAGUGUCCAAAUCUCUGAAUUUCAAGCCAUGAACAACAUUGACUUCCAUUUUGAGACCUCUGCUAAAACUGGAGAAGGGGUUGAAGAGUUGCUCCAGCAUGUGAUGGGGAGGUUUCACAAUGUAGAGCCUUUCAGUCCUAAGAAAGAACGUCCUUCUUACUCGAAGCCAAAGGGGUUGUUAAAAAGGAUUUUUGGGAAAUAAUUGAG